AUGGCUCCUAAGAAUCCCAAGCAGGACCGCACGUUCUGUCUCAUCGUGGGCGCCGGCAUGACCGGCGUCUCGAUGGCAGCACAUCUGCUCAAGAAGGGCGUAUUGAAGCAUGGGGAAUUUCGUCUUGUCGAUCAGCAGUCGGAUUAUGGUGGAGUCUGGGAAGCAAACAAGUAUCCCGGUGCUGCUUGCGAUAUUCCUAGCCAUGGAUAUGUUAUGCGAUUCUUCCUCAAGCCCGAUUGGUCAAAGAAAUAUGCGCCUCGCCAUGAAAUCCAGCAGUACUACGCCGAAAUCGCCCAUUAUUACCACCUCGAGCAGAGCACUAUCUUCAACACCAAAGUCAUCGAGGCGCGGUGGAAUGAAGACACUCUUCUCUGGAGCGUCUUGACGCAGCACAUUCCAACCGGCCAGCAAACGCUCUGGACAACAAAUGUCGUGAUCCACGCAGGCGGCCAGUUCUCACGCCCAAAAUGGGCCGAUAUCCCUGGGCGAGAAACUUUCAAGGGAACAGAAUGGCAUACCGCGCAGUGGCGGGAUGACUUCGACCUCACUGGGAAACGUGUUGCGAUCAUUGGCACCGGACCUAGCACCGGACAAGUGGCACCGGCCAUCGUGGACAAAGUCAAGAACCUAUAUAUCUACCAGCGAAGUGCUACCUAUGUGGUGCCACGCGGGGACGGUCCUAUCCCAACCUGGAAGAAGCGGUUAUUCAAGUGGUUCGCGCCUGUACUUUGGCUUUACCAUGUGUGGUGGUACUCUAGUUUCGAGAGGAGCAAGCCCAUGUGGCUCGUCGGAACUAAGGAGCAUGCUGCUGCUCAAGCCUACGCCAUUCAACAUCUAGAGUCCACUGUUAAAGAUCCCGUCACACGAGAGAAACUGAGGCCGCGAAACCAGUUUGGAUGCAAGCGUUUGCUCGUUCUCGAUGACUGGUACCCGCUGUUUAAUAACCCCAAGGUAGAACUGAUCACAGACAAGCCGAUACGGAUAACGGAGAAAGGCAUUGUUUCAAAGCCGCCGGACCAGCUCCCGAAGGAGCGGGAGAUCGACGUCUUGCUCUGGGGAACUGGUUUCGAAAUGGCAGACCAAGGCGGCCACUUCCAAGUCUAUGGCAUCAACGGCGCCAAUCUUGCGAAGACCUGGGGUGAUUCCCCCAAGGCCUACUACAGCGUUGGCGUCGCCAACUUCCCCAACAUGUGCCUCAUGCUCGGGCCCAACGCCGCAAACUUCUGGUCCAACCUCACCACCAUCAUUGAAGUGCAGUGCAACUACAACGCCAAGCUGAUCAAGCAUAUCAAGCAGAAGAACCAGAUUAGUCCGUAUGCACUGACGGUGGAUCCGAAAGUGCAGGAGUGGUACAAUGAAUGGAUCAAGAGUAAGAUGAAGGGGAUCGCGAUUCUAUCGGCGAAUUGCUCGAAUUACUAUACUAACAGCAAGGGCGAGGCUACUUACUGGAACCCCUUCCACGGUUACACGUACGCGUGGCAGAUGAAGUGGCCGAAAUACAACGACUACCUCAAGUUCACCAAACCAAAGCCAGCUCUUACGAAUGGGUACGCGAAGGGAGCGACUUCGACUGUAUCGGCGGUGUAG